CCCACCCCCCGUCCCGGGUCACGUGAUCGUGGCGGUCACGUGACGGGAGCGAUGGGCACGGCGCUGGACGUGCGGGUGAAGCGGGCCGGGAAGGUCUAUCGCGAUGGGGAAAUUCUUUCUGGAGUGGUGGUCAUAACCAGUAAGGACACGGUGCAGCACCAAGGGAUCUCCUUAACCAUGGAGGGCUCAGUGAAUCUGCAGCUCAGUGCCAAAAAUGUGGGCGUGUUUGAGGCCUUCUGCAACACCGCCAAGCCUAUUCAGAUUAUCAACAGCACCAUUGAAAUGGUGAAACCAGGGAAGCUCCCCAGUGGCAAGACAGAAAUUCCCUUUGAAUUCCCACUGCAAAUGAAGGGCAACAAAGUUCUGUACGAGACAUACCACGGAGUCUUUGUCAAUAUCCAGUACACCCUGCGCUGUGACAUGAGACGCUCCCUGCUGGCAAAGGACCUCACCAAGACUUGUGAAUUCAUUGUCCACUCCCUGUCACAGAAAGGGAAGCUGCUGCCGAGCCCCGUGGACUUCACCAUUACUCCUGAAACUCUGCAAAAUGUUAAGGAGAGAGCCUCCCUUCCCAAAUUCCUGAUCAGAGGGCACCUGAAUUCCACCAACUGUGUGAUCACGCAGCCCCUGACGGGGGAGCUGGUGGUGGAGAGCGCCGAGGCGGCCGUCAAGAGCAUCGAGCUGCAGCUCGUGCGUGUGGAGACCUGUGGGUGUGCUGAAGGCUACGCCAGGGACGCCACGGAGAUCCAGAACAUCCAGAUCGCCGACGGGGACGUGUGCAGGGGCCUCCCCAUCCCCAUCCACAUGGUGUUCCCCAGGCUCUUCACCUGCCCCACCCUGGAAACAACAAACUUCAAAGUGGAGUUUGAAGUGAACAUCGUGGUCCUUCUGCACGACGACCAUCUCAUCACAGAGAACUUCCCACUGAAGCUCUGCAGGAUGUGAACACCCCCAGGAGAACCAGGGAAGGAUUUACUGGGAAUUCCUCAGAGGGAAAGUGGAACUUUAUCUGUGCCUGCCUUCUUGCUGUGGGUUCUUCUUGUGCUUUCACUUCCCUGUUAACCUGGCCAAGACUCUGCCCAUCUGGAUUUCCCAGUCCAGCAGCGUUGGCAGGAUUUCCCAAUCCUGCUGCCUUCAACAACCAUGUUUUCCCCAUUUUUUUCUUGGGGAAAUCCUGAAGGAAUCAUUCUGUAGCUUCCUAAGGCCUGCAGGAGUAUGUAGCAAGUUCCUCUCUUGAUGCAAUUUUGUAAUACUCAUUCCAAAGUCCUCUGAAGACCCCUUAAAAGUCAUAAAUCCCAUUACAGCCAUACUGGGAGAGUAUGGGAAUUGUGGUAUAAUGAGAAAUAAGGUCUAAAAAAAUGGUGCUACAACAGUGGGAGGUGGUGCUGUGGGAUCUGUCCCAAGGUGGAUGGGGAAUGAGUGAUGGCAAAUCCCACCAAGGAAAUUUUGGUCAGUUGGGAACAGGAGUUUGUGUUGGAGGAAUAAAUGAAUGUGUUUGUGACUGUACAGCCUAAAGGAAGAGUAGUUCAGUAAGAAAGAACCUUCCCAACACAACCAGGUUGUGGGGGUUUGAUGUUGUUUUAAUGGAACAGCCACAACUUGCAGAUUUUCUGUUAAUUUUCCAUGUGGGGUAGAGGCAGGCUCAGUCUGUAUUACGGAAAUUGGAAGUGUAAAGAUGAGCACCUGAAAAGGCAGAAUUAAGAGAACUAAGAAAAAUCAUUUCCUUUGGUUUAUCCAGCAGCACUGCCAAGCAGGAGAAUGUAAUUCCAGUUUUGACCCUGGUGUUUUAGGGGAGAAACAGCUGAAAUUUUUAUUCCAAUGUCUGAGAAGAGGGAGGAAAAUGCUGUUGACUGAAACUUCCCACUUCUCCCUAAGACCAGGGGAUGGUACAGGGGGAUUUGGGGAAGUGAAAGCCACUCCUUGGACUUCCCAGUCUGCUCCAGGAGUGCCAGAAGCUGCCAGCUCCCGCUGUCCCAAGGGAUGUGGAAAGAGGGGCUGGCCUUGGGAAGAGCUGCAACCCCCCCAAAAUACUGGAGGCUGAAAAGGAUUCCAGUGCUGGAAUUUUUAGGCCUUAAUUCUACAGCACAGAGUAGUUACUCACCCCUAACUCAGACUGAGCAGAAAUACUACACACAAACAACUUGUUGGGCUGCAGCAGUGAUUUUAUUUUUUAUUCAAGUGGUAAUUAAUACACUGAUUAACCACAGAGGAGUUUAAAAUUUCAGCUGGAGGAGAUGUGUGGGGAACAAGCGAUCCCUGGACUUAGCCAAAAGCUCCUAAUCCAUAUCAUCCUGCCUGUAUUCAGAUAUUUGAUUUUCACUUUAAGGUUCUCAGGCUCUGGCCCUCAUCUUUUGAGUCUCUGGGACAAACUUGUCACUGUUGAAGGUGCUCUGGCCAGUUCAGACUUGGGAAACAGUAGGAGAACAAUUCCCUGAGCUGUUGGAAUUCUGCCCCUCCUGCUACUGGUGACCAUUCCUGCACAAAAUACAGAGGAAGUGUUGCUUAAAAAUCCUUUAAAAAAUCCUUUUUUAAAAUCCUCCCCAUUUCAACAGACCAGCUCUUCAACAAGGGGGGAAAUUCAAAUUUCAACCUUAUUUUGAGAAUAAAGAAUUGAUCCACAUGAAUAAUUUAGAAUUCCAGUUUCAAAAUGUUACUAAAAGUCAUUAUUUAAAUGAUUUGAAUUCUCAGCUGUGGAUUUAGGAGAGAGGAGCUGCAGGGAUGAACUGCAAGGACCAGAGCAGGCUUGAAUCCUGAAUUGUUUGUGCCAGUGGAAGGGAAUGGUGUGGCUGGUCCAGUUCUGCUGGUCCAUCCUUCGGGUCACCUACUUGUUUGAUACUGGAAUAAAUCUGAAGGAAAAGCCCCCUCUUCACAGGAAUUACACACUGGCCUUUCAGAUGACAUAAUUUGGUACUUUCAGUGUCCCUUAGCCAAAAAUCCACCUGUUUUGUGUGCUGCCAGCCCUGAACUCCACAGCUUUAGGCAGGAAGCAGGAGAAAUCCUUGAUCUUGGAACGCUGUGGCUCAAUGCCAAGGGCCAAAUCCUGAGGCUGUUCCCAUUGCCGAUAAACCCAGGGUUCUGUCCUGUCCCCCAUCACUGGGGUUAUGCUGCAGCCCUUUUGCAUCUUAGUAUAAAGUGUGGAGGUAAAAGCAGGUUCAGCUUUACUUGUUCCAUGCAGGAAGCUCAGGGAAAUCCUCAGGAAGCAGAGCAUGGACACGGCAGAUGGGGCAGGUGCUGGAAUGCUGCUUGAGCCACGUUCGGAUGCACUGCGGGGACAGGGAGAGGGUGAGAGGCAAAAUCUGGGAAGAGGAGUCCAGCUGGAGGCUGGAAAGAAUUGGCACUAAUGGGGAAGCUCUUCAACAAGUUCUACACCACUGAAAUUUGGGGUUGGAGAAUUGUUGUCCUGCUCUAAUCAAAUUCGUUCUGCGAGAAGAAAUCGGCGUUAAACAAAAAAGGUAAAGGGGAAAAGGCACAGACAGAAACAUGGAGUUACUCCAGCAUAAUCCUGACUUUUUCACUCCCUGAGUUUCCACUAUCAGGUGGCAAAAUGCAGGGUUUUUAGGGAUAGCCCAUUCCCUGAGUGUGCUGCCAACAGUCCCAACCAAAUUCACCCUCUGAAGAAUCAGCUUAAAUUCACUGAUGAAUUAUUUUA